AUGGAAGCACCCGGCAUGCGCCGUGUGCUGCGCGCGGCGUGGGAUCAACUCGCCCAUGCCGCCGCGCCUCCGCGCACACGCACACAAGCGCAACCCGCGCGGAUGUACCUUGUUCCGUGCCACACGCCUGCCGCGUUGCCGCGCGGCUCCGCACCGUCAUCGUCACCGUCACCGUCACCAUCAUCACUCCCUGCUGCUCGCGCGUUGCUUGCAUGGGGCGCUUGGCGGAUCAGCGGCGAGGGGAGCGGGCAGGUGGAGGCGCGCGGGACAGUGGCGGGACGAGCAGUGGCGGGUGGCGGCAGCGCGGAGGGGUGCGGCGUGGGGCAUGACGUGCGGUGGCGAGGCGUGCGGCAAGGCGGCGGCGACGAGGCGUGGGCGCGCAGCAGGCAGUGGAGAGUGGGGGGAGGGGCCGUGAUGGACGCACACGUGUGGCCCGCGCAAGGCGUUGUGCAGUGCACGGCAGCCCGCACCUCAACGCUCCCCGCCCUCUACCUGUGUGUGCAGGCGCCCGCAUCUCGCCCCUCCUCCUGGCUCCCUCCCCGCCUGCUCUCCGUGAUCCCUGCACCGUGGCAGGAGCUGCUGGAACAUCCACGCACCGCACUGCACCACAUUGCAUGGCAGUACAGGGAUGCAGCAGGUAUGAGUGCCAUGGGCAGCAGCUCGCAAGCAAACCACUUGCUGCUGCCACUGUCCUUCUGUACCUUCCUCUGCCAUGUGUUGUGCGCACUGCCCCUCGCAUCCCCUGCACCGCCUUCACCUCGUGCCAUGGCCACGUGCCCCUCUUCCCCCGCCCGCUUGAGCAGCAUUGCAGGUGGAGGCGUUUUGGCGCAACCACUCGCUGCUGCUGCUGUCCGCUGGGGGCGUGUCCCUGUCGCUGCUGCUCUGGGGCUGCUCCUUCCGCCUCGCCUCGCUCUUCCUCACCAUGCCGCCCAACUCCCUCGGCCUGCCCUACCUGCUUGCCUCCUGCACUGCCGUCGCUGCUCUGGUACGCCUCACCUCACUCCCUUGCUGCACCACCACCCCCACCAUCCCCAUCCACCACGCCCGUCCUUGCCUCUCCCACCUGUCCACAUCCCUCGCAGUCCUCCGCACUCUCCCUUCCCCUCAUUCUCCACUCUCCCGCCCCCCUCGUCCCCCCCUCCUCAAGCACAGGGCGGGGCAGUGCGGGCGCACACGAGCAUGAGUCCAGCAGCGGCAUACCGCAUGGCCAUGUGCGCCCUCAACACGCAUGCGGGUGUGCUGGAAGUGCUGGGAGCACCGCUGCUGGGAGCGCCUGUGAGGGCGUACGUGCAGGGGGGCGGGGGCAUAGUGCUGUCGGGCAUGGCUGUGCGUGCUGCCCCGCGGGACUGCUGGCUGGUGUUCCCUGUGCGCGGUGCAGAGGGGCGUGGUGUGGUGCAAGUGCACGUGCACCGCCACAACGGGCAGUACGACCUGCGGCUGGUGGCGGUGGAUGUGGCAGCCGGCAGUGCAGGCAGCGAGUGCGUGGUGGUGGUGGGCGACCAUGCUGCUCUCUCCCGUGCACAGCCCUUGCUGCAAGGGCUCAGGCACGCACUGGACAAUGCGCAAGGCGGGCGAGCAGGGGCAGAGACGAGGGCUGUGGAGAAUGCCCAGCAAGAACAGGGCUGA